AAUGAAAGUCACCAAUAGUCACCAAUUUAAACAACCUACAUGCACGAUGGCAGAGAGAAGAAGCUCAAUCACCAACAAUUUCCUUAGUGCCUUCAUCUUGACAAUAACCUUCUGGACGAAUAUCCAGUCCUCUAUGGAACAUGGAUUGACUACAGAUUAUUCUGGCAGAUACUUAGUUGCCAUUCCUAAUAACAUACCAGCACACAGAACAGUGUUGGAUUUGUCACAUAACAAUAUUUCUGAACUACAGAUUUCUGAUUUUAGGUCACUUUCCAAACUACAGACACUACUUCUGUCUUAUAACCUCAUUAGAGUGCUUAACCUCAGUGUUUUCCAGUACAAUAAAGACUUACAACAUCUAGAUGUAUCCCACAACAACUUGCAGACUCUUUCUUGUUAUCCUAUUUCAAGUCUCAGGCAUCUAGACCUCUCUUACAAUAACUACGCAGCCAUGCUGUUAUGCACCAAGUUUGGGAAAAUGUUGAAUCUGGAAUAUCUUGGCCUCAGCAUUAGAAGAAUGCAGAAAUCCGAUUUUAGUGUUCUUGCUCAUUUACAACUGGAUACUCUAUUCUUGGGCUUAGAAGACCUCUCUGAAUAUAGUUCUGGAAAUCUUCCAGUAUUCAAUGCAAAGAGCCUUCAGAUUGCACUUCCUCAAAACACUGAUUUGCAUGUGCUGUUGGAUCUAGAGCUCAGUGCAACAAAAAGAUUACAGCUUUCAAAAAUCCAGGAGAAACACAUCAAUGACUUAAGAACAUUCCUGUCAAACCUUAACAAACAUUCCACAUUACGAAACCUAACACUGAACAAUAUGCAGUGCAACUGGGAUGGCUUCAUUGACAUUCUUCAGAGUGUGUGGGAAUCAACUACUGAAUAUUUUGUUAUUUCUAACGUACCACCAUUGGAAGUUCCUAACACAAUGCAUUUUAAUCAAACUGCAACUUCAAUCAAGGCUUUGGCAAUUAAGCAGAUUCCAUUUACUACUUUUCUUUCUGCCCCAACAAAUAUGUAUGAAAUGUUUGCCAAUAUGAACAUUGCAGCCUUGACCAUUUCUGAUGCAGGUUUAAUACACAUGCUAUGUCCUUCCAAAUUCAGUAAUUUCACUUACUUAUGUUUUUCAAAUAAUAGCUUAACAGACACUGUUUUUAAAAAGUGCAACAAUUUAACUCUCCUAGAAACACUUAUUUUACAAAGUAAUCAGUUUAAAGACCUUACUGAAGUGAGUUUAAUGACAACUCUCAUGAACUCUCUGAAAUAUUUGGAUAUGAGCAAGAAUUUAUUAUGGUACAAUGGGAAUAAGUGUGAAUGGGGAGAGAAUGUAGUUAAACUGAACUUGUCAUCUAAUGUGUUGUCUGAGUCGGUCUUUAGAUGUUUGCCAGUCAAUAUUCAAAUGUUGGAUUUACAAGACAACCAAAUUUCAAGUGUUCCUAUGGAGAUCAUUGAGCUGAACUAUUUAGAAGAGCUAAAUUUGGCUUCUAAUAAGCUAACUGCAUUGCCUGGCUGUGGUCAUUUUAGAGGUCUCAAACUACUGAACAUAGAAAAUAAUUCAGUUCUCUCUCAGUCUUCGGAGUUUUUCCAAAGCUGUCAGAAUAUCAACAUCUUGAAAGGAGGACACAAUCCAUUCAUGUGCUCCUGUGAAUUAAGACGGUUCAUUAAUCUUGAAAAACAAGGAUCUAUAGAGUUGAUAGGUUGGCCUGACUUUUAUGUGUGUGAAUACCCACACCACUUAAAGGGAACCCUUUUAAGAGAUUUUCACGUAUCUGAACUUGUUUGCAAUGUGAAGCUUUUGAUUACUGUAGUUCUAAUUAUUACAGUGGUCUUCUUGCUUGCUGUGUCCUUUGUCUGCAUUUAUUUUGACAUUCCAUGGUAUUUGAAGACAAUGUGGCACUGGAGUCAAGCAAAGCACAGGAUUUGGAAGAGCAAGCCUGAAGACAUGCUUGACAGCAUACAAUUCCAUGCUUUUAUCUCCUACAGUGAGCAUGAUUCUGAUUGGGUGAAAAAUGUCCUAAUUCCAAAUUUGGAGAAAGAGGACACAUCCAUACGUAUCUGCCAGCAUGAGAGAAACUUCAUUGCAGGCAAGAGCAUUGUAGAGAAUAUAAUUGACUGUAUUGAGAAAAGUUACAAGUCCAUCUUUGUGUUGUCUCCUAAUUUUGUGCAGAGUGACUGGUGUCAUUACGAGCUCUAUUUUGCCCAUCACAAGUUGUUCAGUGGAAAUGCUGACAGUUUAAUCCUGAUUUUAUUAGAACCAAUCCCAUCGUAUGUAAUUCCUUCCAGGUACCACAAACUAAAAGCUCUCAUGGCAAAGCGAACGUACUUGGAGUGGCCAAAAGAGAAAAGCAAGCAUGGACUUUUUUGGGCUAAUCUUAGGGCAGCCAUUCAGAUUGAGCUCCCCCUCUCUGAUGAAAUUAAUGAAUUGUAG